GCCAUUUCUCCCCAUUCGAGAAAUCCCUCACAACCCACAACAUUUUCAAACAACGCAAAGCAGUAGCAGCAGCGAGAAGCAAGCAAGAAGCGAUGGGGAUGGGGAUGAGGAGGGAGAGGGACGCGGAGGCGGAGCUGAACCUGCCGCCGGGGUUCAGGUUCCACCCCACGGACGACGAGCUGGUGGAGCACUACCUGUGCAGGAAGGCGGCGGGGCAGCGCCUGCCGGUGCCGAUCAUCGCCGAGGUGGAUCUCUACAAGUUCGACCCGUGGGAUCUGCCCGAGCGCGCGCUGUUCGGCGCCAGGGAGUGGUACUUCUUCACCCCGCGGGAUCGCAAGUAUCCUAAUGGGUCACGCCCCAACCGCGCCGCCGGCAACGGGUACUGGAAGGCCACCGGCGCCGACAAGCCCGUCGCGCCGCGGGGGCGCACGCUUGGGAUCAAGAAGGCGCUCGUGUUCUACGCCGGCAAGGCGCCGCGAGGGGUCAAGACUGAUUGGAUCAUGCAUGAGUACCGGCUCGCCGAUGCUGGCCGCGCCGCCGCGGGCGCCAAGAAGGGAUCUCUCAGGUUGGAUGAUUGGGUGCUGUGUCGGCUGUACAACAAGAAGAACGAGUGGGAGAAGAUGCAGCAGGGGAAGGAGGUGAAGGAGGAGGCGUCCGACAUGGUUACGUCGCAGUCGCACUCGCACACCCACUCGUGGGGCGAGACGCGCACGCCGGAGUCGGAGAUCGUGGACAACGACCCCUUCCCGGAGCUGGACUCGUUCCCGGCGUUCCAGCCUGCGCCGCCGCCGGCGACGGCGAUGAUGGUGCCCAAGAAAGAAUCGAUGGACGACGCCACCGCGGCCGCCGCCGCCGCCGCCACCAUCCCCAGGAACAACAGCAGCCUGUUCGUGGACCUGAGCUACGACGAUAUCCAGGGCAUGUACAGCGGCCUCGACAUGCUGCCGCCGGGCGACGACUUCUACUCGUCGCUCUUCGCGUCGCCGCGGGUGAAGGGGACGACGCCACGCGCCGGCGCCGGCAUGGGCAUGGUCCCGUUCUGAGGUGACGGCGACGCGAUCGAACAGGUGGUGAUCGAUGCUGCAACGUGUGUAAAUAUACAGCGCCGGCUGGGUCAAGAGAUGGCUCGGGUGACGCGCGCGCGGCGUGUCCUGGCGUUGGCGCCGGGGCAUUCUUUAGUUUUUCAUCUUUUCAUCAUCUCAGAUGGUAGAUACAAAACAGUGUAUGUAUGUAGCUCUGUUUCUCUCUAUAGAACCCCAACAAAUUUUGUUGUUGAUGUUGUUUAUCUUCAUAUGCUUUGAUCU